GCUUCCGCCCCCAACCAAGAUGGCGGCGGGGGCGGGACUAAAAGGGAGUAAGUGGCUCGCCGGGGGCUGACGAGUGCACCAUGGCGGCCGCUGCAGCCUCACCCGCGCUGAAGCGGCUGGAUCUGCGCGACCCUGCGGCUCUUUUCGAGACGCACGGAGCGGAGGAGAUCCGCGGGCUGGAGCGCCAGGUUCGGGCCGAGAUCGAGCACAAGAAGGAGGAGCUGCGGCAGAUGGUGGGCGAACGGUACCGCGACCUGAUCGAGGCGGCCGACACCAUCGGCCAGAUGCGCCGCUGCGCCGUGGGGCUGGUGGACGCCGUGAAGGCCACUGACCAGUACUGCGCCCGCCUCCGCCAGGCCGGCUCGGCCGCACCCCGGCCAUCGCGGGCCCCGCAGCCACAGCAGCCAUCCCAGGAGAAGUUCUACAGCAUGGCUGCCCAGAUCAAGCUACUCUUAGAAAUUCCUGAGAAGAUCUGGAGCUCAAUGGAAGCCUCUCAGUAUCUCCAUGCCACACAGCUCUACCUGCUCUGCUGCCACCUUCACAACCUGCUCCAGCUGGAUUCUUCUAGUUCCCGAUACAGUCCCGUCCUCUCCCGUUUUCCUAUACUCAUCCGGCAGGUGGCAGCUGCCAGCCACUUCCGGUCAACUAUUCUGCAUGAAAGCAAGAUGUUGCUCAAAUGCCAAACCGUGUCUGACCAAGCUGUGGCCGAGGCCCUGUGCUCUAUGAUGCUCUUAGAAGAAAGCUCUCCUCGCCAAGCCCUCACAGACUUCCUGCUGGCCAGAAAGGCAACUAUUCAGAAACUUCUCAACCAGCCACACCAUGGUGCUGGUAUCAAGGCUCAGAUUUGCUCAUUAGUGGAGUUGCUGGCCACCACUCUGAAGCAAGCUCAUGCCCUCUUCUACACUUUGCCAGAAGGACUGCUUCCAGAUCCGGCCCUGCCAUGUGGCUUGCUCUUCUCUACUCUGGAGACCAUCACAGGCCAGCAGUCUGCCGGAAAGGGCACUGGUGUCCUGCAGGAAGAGAUGAAACUCUGCAGCUGGUUUAAACACCUGCCGGCGUCCAUCGUCGAGUUCCAGCCAACACUCCGAACUCUUGCACAUCCCAUCAGCCAGGAAUACCUGAAAGACACACUGCAGAAAUGGAUCCACAUGUGUAAUGAAGACAUUAAAAAUGGGGUCAGCAACCUGCUCAUGUACGUGAAGAGCAUGAAGGGCCUCGCGGGAAUCCGGGACGCUAUGUGGGAGUUACUCACCAAUGAGUCCACCAAUCACAGCUGGGAUGUGCUGUGUCGGCGGCUUCUGGAGAAGCCGCUUUUGUUCUGGGAAGAUAUGAUGCAGCAACUGUUCCUUGACCGAUUACAGACUCUGACAAAGGAAGGCUUUGACUCUAUCUCCAGUAGCUCCAAGGAGCUCCUGGUUUCAGCUUUGCAGGAACUUGAAAGCAGCACCAGCAACUCCCCUUCAAAUAAGCACAUCCACUUUGACUACAACAUGUCGCUCUUCCUCUGGUCCGAGAGUCCUAACGACCUGCCUUCCGACGCGGCCUGGGUCAACGUGGCAAACCGGGCUCAGUUUGCCAGUAGCGGCCUCUCCAUGAAAGCACAAGCCAUUAGCCCUUGUGUACAGAACUUCUGUUCUGCCCUGGAUUCUAAGCUGAAGGUUAAACUAGAUGACCUCCUGGCUUACCUCCCCUCUGAUGACGCGUCACUGCCCAGGGACGUUUCUCCCACACAGGCCAAGAGCUCUGCUUUUGACAGAUACGCAGACGCAGGGACCGUGCAGGAGAUGCUGCGGACUCAGUCCGUGGCGUGCAUCAAGCACAUCGUGGACUGCAUCCGGGCAGAGCUGCAGAGCAUUGAAGAAGGUGUGCAAGGGCAACAGGAUGCCCUCAACAGUGCUAAGCUGCACUCAGUUCUUUUCAUGGCCAGACUCUGCCAGUCCCUGGGAGAGCUGUGCCCCCAUCUGAAGCAGUGCAUCCUGGGAAAAUCAGAGAGCUCAGAGAAACCAGCAAGGGAGCUUCGGGCUCUGAGAAAACAGGGAAAGGUGAAAACUCAGGAAAUCAUUCCUACACAGGCCAAGUGGCAAGAGGUUAAAGAAGUACUCCUCCAGCAGAGCGUGAUGGGCUACCGGGUCUGGAGCACUGCAGUUGUGAAAGUUUUGAUUCAUGGAUUCACCCAGUCAUUACUUCUAGAUGAUGCUGGCUCAGUCCUGGCCACAGCCACCAGCUGGGAUGAGCUAGAAAUUCAAGAGGAGGCAGAGUCUGGCAGCAGCGUCACAUCCAAGAUCCGACUCCCUGCACAGCCAUCCUGGUAUGUACAGUCCUUCCUGUUUAGCUUAUGCCAGGAAGUUAAUCGGGUUGGAGGCCAUGCCUUGCCAAAGGUGACAUUACAGGAGAUGCUGAAAAGCUGUAUGGUUCAAGUAGUAGCUGCCUAUGAGAAACUUUCCGAAGAAAAACAGAUUAAGAAAGAAGGUGCAUUUCCAGUCACCCAGAACCGGGCGCUGCAGCUGCUUUAUGAUCUGCGUUACCUCAACAUUGUUCUGACAGCCAAGGCUGAUGAGGUGAAGAGUGGCCGGAGCAAGCCAGACUCCAGAAUUGAGAAAGUGACUGACCACCUGGAAGCGCUCAUUGAUCCAUUUGACCUGGACGUUUUCACACCACACCUUAACAGCAACCUUCAUCGCCUGGUGCAGCGAACUUCUGUUCUGUUUGGAUUGGUGACUGCUACAGAGAAUCAGCUCGCCCCCCGGAGCAGUACGUUCAACUCCCAAGAACCCCAUAACAUCCUGCCACUAGCAUCCAGUCAGAUCAGGUUUGGACUUCUCCCAUUGAGCAUGACAAGCACUCGAAAGGCUAAAUCAACCAGAAACGUCGAAACAAAAGCCCAGGUUGUCCCCCCGGCACGCUCCACAGCUGGUGACCCGACAAUUCCUGGCUCCUUGUUCAGACAGCUCGUCAGCGAAGAAGACAACACAUCUGCACCUUCAUUAUUCAAACUGGGCUGGCUCUCUAGUAUGACUAAGUAACAUGGCAACACGUCUGUCUCUCCCUAAAUAAAUACUACCACAUUAUUUCUUCUAAAGAUGCCACUGCUCAUCUGAUUCUCAGCCACACCAAUCUUUGCAGUUUCACUGAUGGAAUGUGGCCCCCUAGUUACUGUUGGGGGUUACUUUUAAGCAUCAGGUUAAUCCUUGUCCCAUAAUUUCACAAUACUUGUUGCUUUAGACAUCAGUUCAGGUAGCUUACAUUUUAUUAGCAUUCAACAAUGCCUUAAUUGUUGACACUACAAGGUGGACUUGUCAAUGCGAUCACAUAAGCUGCUGACUGACCAAGUUUGUAGGACAAAAAGUCAUUACAUAUUACUUCACUUGCAGAACUGUGCCAUGUUUCCUACUAAAGUCUGAGGUGCAGACUCUGGAGGAAUAGUGACACAGAAGUUAUCUGGGUAUACAAGAAUCUAAAAGACAUUCUCCCUGGAAAUACAAAUAUAUAACAAAGAGUAGAGACUAUUAUUAGGGAGGGUGCUUCACUGACAGUCUGAAUUGGAUCUGAUUAUUCUCCUGUUACACAGGAGAAAGUACUUUCAAUAGAACAUCUACAUACUGAGAGGUAGUAUGGCAGUUAAUUUCAGUGCAAGACUGAAUCAAGCUUCCUAUAUUUUGGAAAAAAACUUACGUUUUUUCAUGGAAACUAGAUACUCUUUACUAGUUUAUUGAAUAAAAAAAAUUGAAGAUCCCGCAUUUUUAAAAGGCUCUUUACAUCAAGUAGAGUUUCUAGUUGACAGAUUUGGAAAUCAGUCUGAAUGGGACAUACUAUGGAUUCAACACACAGAAUAAGUUUUCCUCAAACCACUACCUUGACAUAGAUUUGAUACCCUCCCUCAAAAGAAUCCUAUAAAAAAUUGCUUCAAAGCCCCUUUGAAAUUGCAAUAGUGCAGCAAAACCACAAGUAAACAACUGCCUGUUAACCUGUUAUUUCAAAUAUAGACUGAAAAGCCAACAGGCA